AUAUCAUUCAAAUAAUCAACUCUUUACCGUUGAGCAUAAUCAGGAUGACUUCGAUAGAGCACGUCAUCAAAGUUAUAACUUCCACGAAGUGUAUAUGGAGCCAAACAAAGUCAAACAACAGCACGAAAUUAGAUUAUAUUGUACAUUGCUGAUUGCAUUGGGUUUAAUUAUCUUGUUAUCAAGACUGAUGCAAAAUUUAUUUUUUUCGAUAUCGGGUGCUGAAUUAACAAAACGUAUACGCGCAAAAGCGAUUCAAUGUAUGUUGAAACAAGAAGUCGGUUGGUUUGAUAGACAAGAGAACCAUAGUGGAGUACUUUGUGAACGCUUAUCGACGGACGCAUUAGCUAUUCAAAAUGUAUAUUUCGAAAUAGUGUUGUCAAAGAAAACGAAAGAAAUAUUAGAGCAAGCUUCAGUACUCGCUACAGAAACACUUCAAAAUAUUCGUACAGUUGUACAAUUGACUAAAGAAGAUUUUUUUGUACAAAAGUAUUCCAGAUUGUCAAAAACAUAUUCAUAUAUUAAAGCAAUUACACAUGCUGUGGCAAUGUCGAAUUUUUAUUUUACUUUAGCAGCAACAUAUGUAACCGUCUUUGUAUUAGUUAAACAUGAACAAAUUAAAACUGAAAAUAUAAUGAUGGUAGUAGCAUUUAUUUUAUUUACAAUACAACCAUUUCAAAUUAUUUUCGCCUUAAUAACAGAGUUAGGUAAAUCUAUAACAUCUGCACAAAGUUUUAUUGAUUUAUUUGAACGACAGCCAUCGAUUGAUAAUUGCUCAACACAAGGAAAAGAGAUUCCAAAUUUUAGUGGCAAUAUUAAAUUUGAUCUUGUUCAGUUUCGAUAUCCGACUCGACCAGAAGUAGCGGUGUUGAAUAAAUUUAAAUUGAAUAUUAACCGUGGUCAAUGUAUUGCUCUUAUUGGUGCAAGUGGCUGUGGAAAAUCGACGAUUAUACAACUCAUUGAGCGUUUCUAUGAUGUUAGCGGAGGAUAUUUGUACAUUGAUGGUCACGACAUAAAAAAGUUAAACCUUCAAUGGUUACGUUCAAAAAUUGGUCUCAUAUCGCAAGAGCCUACUUUGUUCGACAUGACUGUUCAAGAAAAUAUUGCUUAUGGUGAUCAUAGUCGUCAAAUAUCAAUGAAAGAAAUAAUUGAAGCAGCCAAGAAAGCAAACAUUCAUGACUUUAUUCAAUUAUUACCACAAGUACGUGUGCUACGUUGUUUCUUUAAAUUAUGCAAUGUAACAAAUUCAAGAAUUGUUGCGUUCUCUAGUAAAAACCUACUUUGCAUGCAGAUUCUAUCGUGAAUAAAGUUAACAUGUAAAACAGAAGACUGUUACAUACGUUAUCCGUCACGCACACGCUGUUUUCAAAUAUGAAAUAGCUAUAGUUGCUAAAUGUAAAGAUCAAAGGACGAGGUGCAAUAAGAAUGAGGAUAGGUCCCAUUUCAGAUCUUCUCCAAAGGUAUCUAGAAUGAAAGAGCAUACAAUUUUAUGGGGUUCUAGACCCUUGGUUCCCCUUCCGACCUCAUAUCUGUGAGAAAAUCGAUCAGCUUUGAGCAAUAGUAUCAUAUACCAGCAAUGCUAGAGUGAUAAAUACUCUCUUUGUCCCCAGGUCCUAAGCUCUGUUUGACAAAUUAAAUGAAAUAAGUGCCAGUGUGUAAAAUUCAUUGUGCAACAAGAGGAAGAAAUGAAUAUAAUAAAAACGACUGUCACACGCUCACACACACACAUAAGCACACUGAAUAGGACUAACUAAAAUGACUGUAUACAGAUAAUAUAUACUAACACAAAAGAAAAGGAUGGAAAUCUAUGUCACGUUACAAAGAGAGAGAAAUUGUUGUAUCUGUCUGUUUGUAUAUAAAAAAAUCAGAGAAAAACAAGGAGAAAAGAAUGGACUAUGGUCUAACUAAGCAUACGAAUAAAGAACUAUAUGCCUAGAAUGUGAAUGAGAAAACAAGGGCUCAAGCAAAACCUGCCCAGCAAAAAUAUCUAGAUGCAUUCGCUGGAGCAUCUAGAUAAAUGAGUAAAAAAAAUCUAGUUAUCUAGAUGCAUCGAGUAAAAGCGAUGCACUAGAUGCAAGAGGCGAUGCAUCGCCUACCAAUACAGGAAUAUUGAAAUGAUAAAAAAGGCGAUAUUUAGCGCGAUGCAUUAACAGUGCAUCGCCUUUUGCAUCGAUUUUUUUUCACAGUUUCUGCAUCUAGUUUAGACUGCUGCAGCUAGAUACAAAAAAGUAAAAAAACAAUCUGUAC